CGUCACCGUCGUACGGCCCCGUGGCAAGAAGACAAUCAAGCCGCGAUGAUAAUGGUCUUCGCAAUGGGUCACAGGCUGUUGAAAGUGAGCUGUGCGACGAGUACGCAAAAAAAAUCUGGACACAGUGAGGCUGAGAAUCUGGGUUUCCUUGGCUCAACUCUGCUACAAGUCCAUGUAUCAACGAAGCCACCGCACUGAUGACCUCAGCCCUAUGUCCCUCUCCUUACGAUUCAUCUGCAUAAUAAGCCACCGUAUACCGCUCCUUUGAGCGGACUUCUUAAACUCCGUAGUCUCUCCUGCACGCUCACACCAAUCUUACGCACCAUUACCAAUCUCUCGGACACGGACGCCCGUGACCCGUCUGUAUACAAUCUGCUGAUCACCUACCCCUCUCGCUCUUCGGACUCCGCCCUCACACCACUUCUAUCCACGGGUCUGAAUCCUUGUGAAGUCUAUCUUCGCCGAAACAGAAAGUAUCUCAAAUCUCUCCUCAUCCCCCUUCAAAGCACAAGCUACACAAUGGCCGCCUCAAGAGCGAGCUCUCUUCGCGCUCUCAAGCAUAUCUCAAAGUCUACGUCCACUGUUACUCAGCAAUCCCGUGGUCUUCGCAUAACCCAGCAUGUCGAGGCCUCGCCGUACUUGACCACCCAAAAGCCAUCCCUUACCCGUGUGCAAGCCGCAAUCGACGAUGCGGCGGCCGAGAAAUCGAAGGCAACGGCUGCAGCGCCCAGCAGGCAGUUCAACACCUCGCGCUCGUUGAAGGCGGUCAACGAUUCGAGUACGAUUGACUUCGCAUACCUUCCUGACUUCGAUCCGGAUGCGGGAAUGCCGGCGCCAACUGUGCGCGUGCCUCUUCUGCCUGAGAGCUUGUACCCCCAGAGCACGAAAACGAACUACACAAAGGAGGAAGAGGAGAUUGUCAUGCGCCCGGAGAUCAGCCUUGCCUCCGCAGAUUCGACCCACGUCGCUCCCCCCUCCGCAUUUACCGACGUCGUUGACAACAACGCAAUUGACUUCGAGGGGGUGGCGAGUGCACUCAAAUCGAAGGCUGGGGCAGUUGUCGAGGAGACGAGCGAGAUAAAAAGGCUGUUCAAUGGCUUGUUAGACGACAUUUUUGGCGCGAAGAAGACGGCGUAGCCACCCCCGGCCGACGCACGCGUUGGGACGAGCAACAGAGUUAAAGUGCGAUGCCGUUUUGUGCAGCGUAAGAGUAUGAAUUUUUCAACUUUCUCGUUUUUUUGACGACGGUCGUUCAACCAAAGGCUUUUGUUUGGGCAACAGGCGGUUCUUCAUCGGCCAAGGAGGCAUAAAUCAGCCAACCUGUCGAGUCAGACAGUGAGAUGAAUCAAGUAUGGAAUCAUUGUAAUAUCAGUUUGUCAAAGCUUUCGCGACCACUUUAUGGCAGCGUGCAUUCUACCUAUGCCUUCAUCCAGGGCAGAGUGAUCGUGUGGCCAGGUGUCUCUCUAAGCGUAGAGUUGUGGAUGUCAUGGUUACCCAAACUCGCCCCGAAUCGCGGUCAUCGAUUGAGG